AGUGACGUCAUGGUGGAGUCAAAAGUGGGCGGAGAGAGAGAGAGAGAGAGAGAGAGAGAGAGAUGUAAUUCAAUCCUCCUCUGUGGCCCUACAUGACCAGAGAUAAAAACACACUCCAGAAUACAGCGUGCCCCUGAGUCUCUGAUGUCUCUCCCACCCUGAGACGGAGCUUUUCUGCGGGGCUGUCAGCGGCUCUGAUGCAGACAGCAGGUAUCUUCUCACGGGCAUCCAGAAGAAGUGAAUGAGGAGGGCCGGUGGCCAACAGGGAGGGGUCCUUUGAAACCAGGGCUACUUCCUCCUGGAUGGAGCCCGGCUGUGUGCAGGCAACGAUGGCCAUGGGAGAUGUCUCGAAAAAAGCCUCGACUCGGAAUGUGGCGGUGGAGCGAAAAAACCUCAUCACUGUCUGCAGGUCAGUCAGUGCUGGAUGAGUACAUCAUUUGCUUGUGUCUAACUGCAGUCGCUCGAAUUCAGAUGAUUUCGAUACUGCUUUAUCAAGUUCUCAUGCUGUAUAAUCUGCUCUCCGACAAGAGACUGGCCCUGCUGGUUUUGUUUUUAUCAUAAAUAUAUCCACAAGGAGUCAGACAUAUUUUGACAUCCACGCUUACGUCAUCCUCAUAAUAAGUCAUUUUUAUGAACCCUAUACCGUCACUGGGCCUCUACCGUCACACGGAGCCUGCCUGUAUAUGAAUGACCUUUACUAUAACAAAUUACUCAUAUUUCAAAACAUACAAUCCGAAAGAGAGACUCGUCUCUCUUUGUGGGUUUAGCCAUGUCAUCUUUGUCACCUCGAUUUAUUUCCUCCCCGCUGAUGGCGUGGUUGCUAUGACGACAACCUUCUAAGGGGCAAGGACUAGCUGGCACCCUAGGGACUCUGGGCAGGGAGGCAUUGUGAGAGGCCUGUUCUCCAAGGCCUGACUGGACUGUAUGGGGAUUUUUAUUGAGGCCUAGAAAAGCACAAGAACCUGCAGACGUAUUAUGGGAUACAUGCAUGUCUAAGAAGGCAAUGCAUGUUUGCAUAGGUGUGAACUCAAACUUUUAUUAAUAUGCUCAGAAAACAAUCAUACACCAAUCUAUGCUGAUAAUUGAUACAUUUAAUUUGCAUGUUCUGUGGCUGAGUAUAACCUUUGUAUUUAAUCUAAAAAUUCAUUACUACAUAGCAAAUUAAGGCUAAUUUAAUCGUCUGACAAAAAAUGUAACAGUAACAGUUUGUCAUGUCAAGAGAAUUUUUUUCUUGGAGAUGCCUCAACUGACAAUCACUCCUGCACCCUAAGCUAAACAGGACAUCUUAGCAUCUUUCAGCUCAUUGUUUUGAUUUUCUGACGCUACAACUUAGCUGUGAUGGCUAACUUAAAAAUGUUUCAGCUAUAGUGCUCUGAAAUCUGAUAACUUGCUUUGGCUUUUCUGUAAAAGAACAACUCACAAGUACAGUUUGAUAUCAUCAUCGUACAUAUUUUGUAUAUAAAGAGUCAGAUAUUUCACUCGGAGUAGGUUGAGACCAAAUUCAGAGCUAACCAGAGAGUGAAUACAUCUAGAAUAAUAGUAAAGCCGGUGGUAGAGACCACUUUUUGGGGUCUUUUUGGAUCUCAAGUCAUGUAACUAUAAUCUGUUGUCUGGACAGUGAUUUUUUCUGUAAUGUAAGAAAACCUAUAGCUAUGUAUUCAAGCAUCAGUGCAGGUGAAUAAGACUGCGUCUCUGCUGAGCCACUGACUAGCCUAUCUAGGUCAGGUCCCGUCCCUGUUGUCUGUAUAGUGAAAACACAGGGGACUGUGCUUGGCUUGAGGAUAGUCGGCCAAUUAUUGGUCAGUAUCGAGCCACAGUCAGAGCGUCUCAAUGAGACAUUGUUUAUUUGGAACAAUGGGGAGUAAAGUCACUUGCUUCAUUGGCUUGUGUCAGGAUAAACAUUGUCUUUAAGGCCACAAACAGUCAGCAAACUGGCUGCAUGAUUUUUUGGCCUCUGAAGCCCAAACUCUGAGAUUACAGAGUUCAUACAUGGCUGGUAUCCAUUAGAAGUAUCUCUUCUCUAUCCAAUGCGUAGCCCCUGUUUGCCAGGACUAUAAAGGCCCAUAUGGUCCCUUUCACCCUACAGCGCUCUCUGUGUCACUGGACAAACAGCAUUUAGCAGAUGCUCUUGCAGCAAAUAACUCUCCUAAAUUAUUUAGUCUCCCGGAGAAUAGUAAGGAGAGUCAUUUUAGGAUAAGGUUAAUGGAGCCUGAAAUAAACUUAACACAGCUUGAGGGGUUUUAAGGGUCUGUGUGUUAUGGCAGAUCAUCAUUUGGGGCCUAAAGCUAACAGUGCCCACUACAUUAUCUAUCUCAGUUGCUUUGGAAAGUCCUCCUGUUUGUCUGCAUUGAUGUAGCAGUUUAUACUCGUUUUGGUUGGUUUCCGAAGUCUCAAAAAUGUUUUUCUCUGUCCCUGGUAUCAACUGUGUUUGCUAUGUGGAUCAUUCCCCUAAAGAUGCUGGUCAGUGGGCUUCAAGGAAUAGUUUAUGUAGUGCAGGGGGAGAGAAAAGGGGCCUGAGACAUGAGUUAUUGAUAAAUUACACAUUCUUCUGAUUAAGUUUCUUUUGCAUAUGGACUUAUAAAAAAACAGGUUUACCCUACACUUAAAAAACACGUUCUUAAUCAUGAUGUUUUGGCUGUUUUGUGGGGCACCAGGAAGGAUAAAGAAGAUAAAUUGAACAUUGGCCUUAGGGAAUAAUAUGGCUGAAACUAUUCUACCCACACAAGCACAAAACCAGUGUGGGAAAGCUCAAUUCUUGUUACUGUCUCUUAGCAUGCUAGCAAAGUGAAUCAUCCAAACAGCAGCUCAUAUGGUACAUCAGGCAGGAGUCAUAUAUUUGAGCCGUCCAGUUAAAACUAAAUUGAGUUGUUGUAGCUUCCUGAAAGCUAAAAGGCUCUCCUCUCAGUAAAUGGGUGGAUUCAGGCUUCAGAACGGAAAUAAGCUCAUUCAGCGAGUAACUGUUGGCACAAAUGUGCAGCAGUAACAACAAAGGCUGCAUAUGGACUGAACAGAUGUGUUUGCUGACUGAGAUUUCUUUACAUUUCACAGGUUUUGUGAACAUUGCAUCAAUUCCCACCGUUCAUGAUGUCUUCACAGCGACUUUUCUUAUCUUGUUUGUGAAGCAGGCAGUCCCAAAGGUCCAAUUAUAAAGUAUCUACAACAAAUACCCCCAUGCAGUUAACUGAAACAAAGACAGCAGUAAUGCAUUAAUCUCUCUGACUAAUCCAUCCCUGUGAUGUCUGCAUUACUGGCAACCAAACUCUGUCUGAAACUUCUUUGUCUUUUCUCUCAUCCACUCACAGGUUUUCCGUGAAGACACUGUUAGAGAAGUACACAGCUGAGCCAAUAGAUGACUCAUCAGAGGAGUUCAUCAAUUUCGCAGCCAUCCUGGAGCACAUCCUCAGCCAUCGCUUUAAAGGUAAUGAACCAUUUAGGAAUAACUUAGGAAGGGACUGCAUGUUUCAGCUUUGACAGUAACGAGUAAAAUAAGUUUAAAUGCUGCAUGUAAACUGGAUCUUCAGUCACCAUCUUCCACUGAGCUAAUCACUACCCCUCCCAACCAGAUUUCCCCUCAGCUCCUCCUCUCCCCUCCCUCUCUGCUCCAGCAAGCUCUGUCCACAAACGCUCCUGCUCGCUUGUAUUGUUUCAAUAAAUUCAGAUAUAAUGCAGAUAAAUACUUCAGAUAAUUACAAAUGGUUAAUUACAUUAAUUACAAUACAUUAUUACAUUAAUGGUUAAUUAAAUAAUUACAGUCCACGUAAAAGUAAAAAGCAUUGGUGCUACUGUAGAUGCCAACGGACUACCAGCAAACACAAUGUUUGCAGGACUUCUACAACUAGGAUAAAGUGACAUAGUCCAGAACCUGAGGUAAACAGUUCAGCAACAGGUCCCGUUUGACAAGAAACUCUUCUGUUACAGACACUUAGCUUACUUUGUUAAAGCAGUUUACCUGUUCCAGCAGAAAGGUUGCAGGAUCUGCAAGAUCUCGAAGUGUCCCAAUCGUUCAUGCUCCAUUGAUGUUGACCUUGCUUUUUAGCUCUUGUUCGGUCUAACUCAGUUUUAAGCACCCGCUAUUCCAACAGAGUCUCCAGUAUUUACUUCAUUUUCUUGAUUGUGUUGGCAGUCGUGGCCAAAGGAGGAUUCAGAAAAACUUCUUGUUUUCCUCUGAUAUUGUAGCACGCUAACUUUGUUUAGGCUCCUGAACGACACAGGGGAGCGGUGCCUGCCUCACAACCAAUCAGCACUAAGGAGCAGCAUCCACCUCACAACCAAUCAGGUUGGGGGAGGCGGAGAAUGGCUUUGUUUACAGUCAGAAAGAGCGGGCGCUCAAAAAAUUUAAAAUGUUGACUACACAGACAUAAGAGAACACAGCGAUAUUAUUACAUCACCAAAUUUCAGCAAUAACUUAUAACUAUUGACUGAUAUUAAAAGCUUUUUUUGUAUAUACACCACAAAAAAAGAUGCUUCUUUCACGGAAUCCUGCCUACUCCACCUCUAAGUAUAACAUGCAGUAGCUGUGUGCUAGCUGUCUAGUAGUAGCUCUUGUACUCCUGUUACUCUCUCUGCAGGCUCAGGGAGCUGGUUCGAUGGUCAGAGGAGUUUCUGGGACUAUGUCCGUCUGGCCUGUGCUAAAGUCCCCAACAGCUGCAUCAGCAGCAUCGAAAGCAUGGAGAACAUCAGCACGUCACGAGCCAAGGCAAGUCCUAUGGAGAUAAUGCAAGAAUGAUCAUGUAAAGCAGAUAAGUGAUAGGUGACAGACAAAUAGAGGAAAGACUGCUUUGUUGCUAGACCUUUUCCAUACAACGGUUAGCUUUGCUAUAUCAGUUGGCAUGGUGAUCUCGCCAGGUUAAAGUCAGAAACGUUACACUGAAAACUACAACUUAAGAAUUAGCAGAACUAAUUUUUCUUUUUUGCCUUAAUUUGCAGUAACAACCCUGAGCUCUUUAUUCAGAAGGUAUUUGUGAUUUUGCAGCAUCUAGGCUGAACUAUAGACCAUAUAAAAAAAUGGACUUGGUCUCAGUGAUGUCCCCCGUUUGUUUCUGAAGCCACUCUCAAGUGGGCACCAGAGAAAAUGCAGUUUUAUGCCCUUCCUGCACUGGCUUCAUAUUUCAACACAAGAGAUUACAGCUUAGGCUGAACGCACAUGUUGAUACUCAAAACUUUGACUGCUGUGUCCUACAUGCUCUCUGCCAAUCACUGGAUUUGACCACACUGACUCCCCCUAUUGUGAAAUUGUGUUCGUUUCCUAUGUGGAUAUCAGUCUCAGGACGUAUUUUGCUGGAAUAUCAAAUUUUGUUGACGGGAAUACACAAUGGCAUCAGAGUCAUUAAGCUGUGGUUUUCACAAUCUUCUUGAAAUGUAGUUUAAAAAGAGCAGAUGCACAAAUCAUUUUUGAAAAGAAGGUCCAAUAAAACUGCGGCAUGAACUGGGGUCCUGCUCUAUAGAGUUUAUUAAGAAGUGUUGUAGAAAAAAAUCUGUUUGAAUGACAGGAGUAUGUCCAUUCUGUUUUUAGUGUCCUGAUUCACAGUGAACAGUUAUCUAAAUGAGUAUGCUUCAUAGUUUUUUAAGAGGCUACUGAAAGUUCAAAUUUAUCCUUUGGCGGUAUCUCCAGGGGCGGGCCUGGAUGAGAGUAGCUCUGAUGGAGAAGAGGCUGUCAGAAUACAUCGCCACCGCUCUGAGGGAUAGCAGAACAACCAGGUCAGUUGCACUGCACACCCAAUCUAAUAGUACUACCUAACACGACGAGAGCUACUUCCUCAUCUGUCUGUAUCUAUUUCCUCUGUUUUAGGAGGUUCUACUCAGAGGGAGCCAUUGUGUUACGAGAGGAGGCCACAGUCCUAACAGGGAUGCUCAUAGGUCUUGGCGCCAUAGAUUUCAGGUGAUAAGACCUAACCGUUUCACUUAAGCAUUUUACUCCUCAAAUUGAUGGCUUGACAGAAUAAUUUUAUGUAUUUUUUAUGUGUUUUUCCUCCUCAGUUUCUGUCUGAAAGGUGAGGGUUUUGAUGGGAAAUCUUCUGCUGUGAUUGACUACACACCUUACUUGAAAUUCACACAAAGGUAUGUUCAACAACACUGUGCAAAUUGAUUUUCUGAUUGGAGCUACAUCUUUUUUGAUCUUGCCUUUUUUCAUAGCUGACAUAUUGUCAUCUAAAUUUGUGUUCCAGCUAUAAUUAUCUAAGUGACGAUGAUGACAGGCAUAGUGUUGAUAGCAGCACGAGUGACGACAGCAUCCCCGAGCAUCCUUACAUUCCCUUGGUCACUGACGAUGAGAGCUGGAGCACCAAAUGUCGCAAGAUGGAGCAGAGGUUUAAGAUUGUCAAUGCUCAAAAGGUUUGCAGUGCUUAUGUAUUGUCUGUUUUAAACGUACAGCAUAUAAACUAGAAUUCCCAAAGGACAUAAAUUGAUGUCUUGGUAAAAGGCCACUGUUCUAUAUUCUGAAAAGUCAGAUGAGGAGUUUAAUAAUGUUAUUCUUGUUUUCACUGCAUGGAGUGAAGAAGAUAUGGGUGCACCUCAACUAAACAGUGCCCAGUGUCUAAUGUUUGGAUGGAAUGGAUAAUUCUUUUCACUCCAUUUGGUUGUGGUUUGUCAGGGUUAUCUUGAGGAGCUUGUGCGUCUGCGUGAGUCUCAGCUGAAGAACAUGGAAACAGAGAACAAGAAGUUAAAGGCUCGACUGGAGGAGCUACAGAACCACAGCCAGCAGGAGAAAAAGGACCUGGAGGCCAUAGUGCUGGAGCUUCAGGAGCAGCUGUGAGUGAUGUACACUGAGUGAAGAGAAAAGAUUUCAUGUGCAUAUUACUUAAUACAAGAAUAAAGACUGAGUACAAUAGUAGAAACAUAUUGAAGCCGUAAAAUAAACACUGACUGUAAUUUUGUUCUGUGAAUUUCCAAUCUCAUCAUAUGUGUGAUUUGUUUGCAUGUUUGUUAGGACCAGCUUGAUUCCAUGUGACUCCAACCACUUGGCCAAAAACCUGUCUAUCCCUUUAGUCAACCAGUGGCCGAUGCUGCAGCCUUACAAUGGCCAAGAUGACAUUAAGCUGUUCCGCAGGUGUGACUACGUGUUAAUGCAGAUUUUAAUUUGAUAAACUGUCUAAAAAGUGUUGAAUAUAUAUGGAAAGUAACACUUCAUAAACAUUUCUAUAAGCUGCUAUUAAUGCUUAUUAUCACUCAUAGGGGUUGUUAGAAAACCUUAUGGAUGCAUUUAUAAGGCUUUCUAAAUGUGUUUAUGAUGCAUUACAAGAGGAGGGUUCAUAUGAAGUGUUACCAGUUAAUCUUUUGUGGUUUUGAGUGACUCCAUUUACUUAUACAUUUAUCGCUAUGAUCGAUUAAAGCUGCAAUUUUCAGUCAUCCAUUUUUUGGCAAGAGGCUCUCUACUCUUUUGGUAUCUGUGUCUAUUCUUUGUCUUUAUUUUUGUUUACCUGUAGGAGGAGUUUUCCCAGCACAGAGCUGUUGUCAGUAGAGAUCAGUAUGGACUCAGACUCUCAGAGAACUGAAGGAAAACAGAACGGAGGAGCCUGGUGUACAGGUGAGUUUUUACACUGUAUUAAAUUGUGUUCUGGUUAGAUAAUGUGACUGGAACUCUGUAAACUUGAACUGAACCUUUACAUGUUUGUUCCACCCCUCCAGAAAAGGACUACACCCCCUCCAUGAUGGGCCUCUGUGGGUCCUUGGCCUCCCUCCCAAGCUGCAAGUCUCUGGCUAGCCUCAAGUCCAGCGAGUGUCUGGUUAACAUCAGCACAGAAAACAGUCCUGCCCUGUCACCCAGCUAGGGGGCGCCAAAGAAACACUGCCAGAGACACCUAACAGAGACAAUUCAAUAUGAAUACAGAACAGACUACUCUUGGUAGGCGCUCUAUCCAGGCCCCUUCGUGAUUCCCUUUAUGCUCUGAGCCCUGCUCUCUCAACUUACACCUUUCAAGAGUUUGUGAAGAGGGAUCUCCGUGUCUGGGUCUGCUUAAUGAUGGUGCAGGAAAAGCUGCUGUACUGCCUGUUGGUUUCCUUCUGUUUGACUGUCUUUCAUUGUCCUGACAUUAUUAAGCCUCCUGAAAUGCAAACAACUGGUUCAAGUUUUACCUUCAAUGAGUCACAAUGCUUGUUUUUGUGCAACUACAGUCAUGUCUCCGUACUGGUCAUGUCCAUCAAAAGUCAUGGUAGGGUUGUUCUGUAUGUGUUUGUCCAUCUGUCUGUGUCUCAUUUGUAUGUCAGUGUAUCUUAAUCAGCCUGUUGCAUAGUUCUGGCAGUGCAGGAUGGACGAGCUAUUAUUACCUUCCCGGUACAGAAACAAUGUUUUCCAUAGUAUAUUACACUGUUAUAAGAAGGAUUAAAAAAGGCAGUUUUAUGAUGACCAUUUUAAAAAUUAAUAGAUGACGGAUGGUUAAAGUUUGGACCCUAUCCAGCCAUAUGGUAGAGUAGAUUCAGAUUUUAGGAUUUGACAUUAAAGACCUGUCAGGUUACCAAGGUUUGCCGAGUCUGUACCAUCUGAUAAACAGACAAACAAUGUACUGCAUAUAAAUGCAGAAUGCAUUGGUACUAUGCAGAGUGAAUGUUUUCAUUGUCUGUUUCGCUUGAUAGAGCAGUUUGAGCAGGACAGGUAUAAUGAAUGUGAAAUGUGGGUAUGAGUGACAUUUAUUUUUUGCUUUUAUUUCACUUUUCUUAAGAAAUGUUCUUUUUUUUAUGUAAAAAUGAUUUCUUUACAAACCUAAUUCUAUUAUUUAUGAUCAUGUACUACAAUCUCCUGCAGAUUCAGCAGUUGGGAUACAUUGUGUUGUUUAAGACUACAAUAAAUUUGCCUUUUUUUGAAACACUCAU